CCGAGUCACUCGCUCAGGUGAAGUGGUUAAGGUGACAUCUGGGGAAGGACGCGACUCGGAGCGCAGGACACAAUGACGAGUGGAAACAGCCGUUUGGAGAAGGUACACCAGGAGGUGGAUGAGGUGAAGACCAUCAUGCUGGACAACAUCAACAAGAAUGAGGAGCGGUCUGGAAAGCUGAAAGAGCUGGAGGACCGGGCUGACCAAGUGUGUGUUAAGAGCAAGUCUUUCAGGCGGACUACAGUGAGGGUGAAGCAGCAGAGCCAGUGGAAGAACAGGAAGAUGAAGAUCCUGCUCAUUGCUAUCGUAGCAGGGGUGGUACUGGUUUUCAUUAUUAUAGUGAUUGUAUUUCUGAGUGGGAGCAAGAGCUCCAGCUCUGAGGUGGCCAUCUCAGACCCAGCGAUUGCUCUCACUACCACACCACCCAGAGGCAACUAGUGCAAGACUAGCUAAAUACAAAAUGAGGGAGACAUCUGGAUGAAGACAUAGGUUUGAAGGCCAUUAUCUGCCAUUAAUAUGUCCUCCAAGGGCCAGUGAAAAGGACAAUAUUAUGAUCUUCCGUCUAAACUGGUGUGAACUUCAGUUCAAGCUGUCAGCUGUGUGAUUUUAAUUAGCAUGGCAUCAAAUUAAAAGUUCCCAUGUACAAAGUAGUUCUAAAGUAUGUACAUAUUUCUUGUAGCAUUCUAAAA